CAUCGCAACUACAGUCUCCUCAACAUUAUGGCUGCUCUCUGUCGGCAGGUCCUUGACUGGCACCGACUGAUCUCCCUCACCUGGGCCUGUAUGGCCAGGCAAACUACUUCUCUUGGAGAACAGAAAAGGAUGACUGCUUCUUUGUUGCGUAAACUGACUACAGCUUCCAAUAGAGGGAGCCUUGAGGAGUUAUCCUAUGUUGGAUCCAAUAAAUAUGUGCAGGAACCAGAGUGCAGGAUGAAUCUUGUUCAGUGCCUCCGUGAGAAGCAGAGAUCCACUCCUAUGGAUCAAGAGGCCUUGGAGCUAGAAAAUAUCAUCAGUUCCCUCCUGGAUAUGGGUUUCAGUGAUGCUCAUAUUAAUGAAUUGCUCAGUGUACAACCAGGUGCUAACCUUCAACAGAUGGUGGACAUCAUUUCAGAAUUUAUACUCUUGGGUCUGAAUCCAGAGCCUGUGUAUGUGGCCUUGAAGAAAAAUCCCCAGUUAUUGAAAAUGUCUGUAAUGCAAAUGAAGAAGCGCUCCCGUUAUCUGCGAAAGCUUGGGCUUGAAGAAGGGAAACUGAAGAGGGUGUUUCAGUGCUGCCCUGAAAUUUUCACUAUGCAUCAACAGAACAUUGAGGACAUUGUCAGGGUCCUCAAGGAGAAGUGCCUUUUCACGGUACAGCAAGUCACGGAGAUUUUGCACAGAUGCCCCUCUGUUCUUCAUGAGAAUCCAGAUGAAUUGGAAUACAAAUUCCAGUAUGCAUAUUUUAGGAUGGGAAUUAAGCAUCCAGACAUGGUAAGGAGUGAGUUCUUGAAGUACUCAUUAACCAAGAUUAAGCAGAGACACAUUUACCUGGAGCGCCUAGGACGGUACCAAACCCCUGAUAAGAAGGGGCAGACACAGAUCCCUAACCCAUUACUCAAGGACAUCCUCAGAAUUUCAGAAGCUGAGUUCUUGGCCAGGACAGCCUGUUCUUCUGUUGAGGAGUUUGAGGUUUUUAAGAAGCUCUUGGCUCGGGAAGAGGAAGAAGAGUCUGAGAGUGGCAUGUCUGAUGAUGAAAGGACAGAUCUGGAUGAGGACCAGGAGGAGGCUGAGGAGGAAGAGCAGCUGUGAUGGAAGGACUGGCAUGAAAGGGCCCAGAGAUAUCAAGGAACAUUUUCAUUCUCUUAAAACUUUGGUGACCUUCAUGUGAAUUUUCUCAAGUUAUUUUUUAUUCUUUUUUUUGAGGUGGAGUCUCACUCCGUUGCCUAGGCUGGAGUGCAGUGGCAGG